AUAAAAGUAAAAUCCAAGUUUUUAAAAGGCUUUAAUUUUAGUUUCCAUUAGCAGGAAAAAGAAAAGAAAAUUAUGAAUAGCUUUAGGAUUCUGAUCGUAAACUGAAGUAACCGAGUUGAGUUAGUAUGCAGCGAUUCAGAAGCAAAGGGAACUCAGGAGUACCCUAUCUCAAAAACAAAGCUUUAAAUUCAUUAUCUGCUGUUCAGGACACCUAUUCUUCUAUUAAGGAUUUGUUUGAGAGGCAUAGAGUGGUGUUUACAAUUGGUACUUCUUUAGCAUCAGUUGCUACAGCAUGGGGUGGAUAUUGCUUACGCCAUCUUUAUGAAUCCAAAGUUAAUCAAAGGCUUGAAUCAAUUGAAAAUGCUAUGAAAAACAAUUAUCACAUUGAACAUGCAGAGUUUAAAAAGCUUGUAGAUCCAGGGAAUUCCAAUAUUGCUACCUGCAUCGCUACUGCAGGGACAACAUUUGUUGUUGGGUAUGGCUUUGGUUGGCGUGGUGGUAGAUGGUAUGCAAAUAGGAAGUUCAGAGAGGAACAGAUGAAACUGUUAGGGCAUAUAAAACCAAAGAGGUGGCAGUUGCUGGGGCGGGUAACUACAGAAGAUGGAUUUAUUCUUGGCAUACAGAGAGUUACAAAGGGACAGUCUGGUGGAGCUCCAGGAAGCAGACCGCCUGUUCUGCUACAGCACGGGCUACUAAUGGAUGGCAUAACAUGGCUGCUAUUACCUCCAGAACAAUCUUUAGCAUUCCUCUUGGCCGAUAAUGGUUUUGAUGUCUGGAUAGCCAAUACUCGUGGAACUAAAUAUAGUCUUGGCCAUACAUCACUCAGUCCAAAUGAUGCAGCUUAUUGGGGUUGGUCGUGGGACGAACUAGUAUCUUAUGAUCUUCCUGCAACAUUCGAGUAUGUAAAUGGUCAAACUGGACAGAAACUGCACUAUGUUGGACAUUCACUGGGAACUUUGAUUGCUCUCGCUGCCUUCUCAAAGAGCCAGCAGUUGAACAUGUUAAGAUCAGCUGCCUUACUUUCUCCAAUUGCUUAUGUUGGUCAGAUUACUUCGCCACUCGCAACAAAUGCUGCUGACAACUUUAUUGCUGAGGCUUUAUAUUGGUUGGGUCUACAUGAAUUUGAUCCAAGAGGAGAAACUGUGGUAAAAUUUCUGAAGGAUAUCUGUAAAAAGAAAAAUAUUGACUGCACCAACUUGUUGAAUUCUUUCACAGGCCGGAAUUGCUGCCUGAAUUCCUCAAUUGUAGACAUAUUUCUAGACCAUGAGCCUCAGUCUACAGCUACUAAGAACAUGAUCCAUAUAUCUCAAAUGAUAAGAACAGGAACAAUAGCAAUGUAUGAUUACAAUGAUGAAGAUGAGAACAAGAAACACUAUGGACAGCCAACUCCACCACUAUACAACAUGGCAAGCAUUCCAAAUAAUGUUCCUCUAUUUUUAAGCUAUGGAGGUGCUGAUGCUCUUUCUGAUGUUAAAGAUGUUCAAUUAUUGAUUAAUAGCCUUAAAGAUCAUGAUCAAGAUAAGCUUGUGAUUCAGUUUAGAGAUGACUAUGCUCAUGCUGAUUUUGUUAUGGCUCAAAAUGCUGCUCAAGAAGUUUAUGUACCUCUUAUUGAUUUCUUUAAACUUCAAUAGAUUAUUUGUAUCUUUGGAGUUAUAGAAAACGCAGUUUGUAUUGUGUGCUUGAUUCAAUAUUAGUUGAAACUGUUUUUAUUUAA